UCAAAUCGCUCAAUCCCUCACCCCCACCCAAAAAUAAAAUAAAAAAAAUAAAUAAAAAAAUAAAUAAAAAGCCCAAAAGAUCGAGUCUUGAUCUCUCAAGCUUCCAACAAUGGAGCUGUUCAAGAGCGCGAGGACGGUGAGGCUGAAGAGCCACCAUGAAAAGUACCUCCAAACCGACGACGACGGCGAGCACGUGAUCCAGGACCGCACCGCGCCGCCCGGUGUCCGUCGAGUUCCCGCUCGCAGCGAGUCCGUCAUCCGCCUCAAAUCCUGCCAGGGCCGCUACCUGACCCGCCUCCAACGAGCCAUGUUCCUGGGGAUGACACGGGCACCGGGUAACCCUGACGGCGCCCGCCACGUCGUGUCCGUUGAUUGGGAGCCAAUCCGCGACGGGUUUCAGGUCAGGCUCAGGACACGGUACGGCCACUAUCUUAGGGCAAACGGAGGUUUGCCGCCGUGGAGGAAUUCGAUCACGCACGACAUACCUCAUCGGACGACAACACAAGAUUGGGUGUUGUGGGAUGUGGAGGUCGUCGAGGUGCUGCAGCAUCAGGAAUGGAGGGAGAAGCAGCAAGAGACGAAAAUUUACGCACCGCCGCCUCCACCGCCGGAGACUGAAGAGAGGUGGGGGGAGUCGUUGACAGAGGACACGCCGUCGAGAACUCCAUCGAAUUCAACGAAAUCGCCGGGGAGGUUGUCUAGAGAUGAGUCAUUGCCUUCUUUUAGUGGCUCUCCACACAAGUCGGAUGGCCGAUCAAUCUAUUAUGUGAUCGCCGAGGAUGAUGGCACUAUCGAUAAUAGCACUGAGCUUUGCUUGACCUUCAAAGGAACAGAUGUUAAGGAAUUGACAGAGAAGUUGGCAGAAGUAACUGAGAUUGAUGAUGGGAUAAUUGUGUGUUCAAAAAAUCCGUUCAAUGGAAUGCUCUGUCCUCUUCUUUUACAUCUUCCACCGAACAAUACGACGAUGCAUGUUGUGGUUGUUCGAUCCUCGUCCGAAGUUGCAAAGAGUUUCAAGUAGGCUGAGAUUUGGAGAAGUUAAUUAGAUCUUAUUUCUUGAUGGGGAUACCUUUGAAAGAAACAUUUUCCUUCAAUUUGCGAGGUCAUACCUGAUGUAAAUAGCCUCAUAGAGACCCAAGCAAAUGUAUGUGAUAUUUUGUAGUCUAUUAACGGAGGUGUUUGCAAUGAUUGAUAUUUAUAAAUGUGCACUUCUUGUUACUUUUUUCAACAGCAGUAACAGCAUUGACCAAG